GCGGGCGUGCCCCGGAAGCAGUUCUUUGGCCCUGUGACACGUAGCAACGGAGUGAGUUCAGGGUCUUAAGCGUUGUUGGGGGGUUUUGGGGGUUGCUGGAGCUGCUGACGCCGCUACCGCCGCUUCCGCGUUUGGCGCUUGCUUUGACGCUGCCCCUGUGCCUCAUUCGCGGCCUUCCAGGAGUCCUCCCUUUCCCGGAAGGCCCAGGCUUUAUUUUGCAAAGAGACAGUCGCCUUGUCAGCAGCAGAGUGUGCCCUGAGAUAAUUUGCAAUGGCAGGGUUUGAUAACUUAAACACGGAUUUCUACCAGACAAGUUACAGCAUCGAUGACCAGUCACAGCAGUCCUAUGAUUAUGGAGGAAGUGGAGGACCCUAUAGCAAACAGUAUCCUGGCUAUGACUACUCGCAGCAAGGCCGAUUUGUCCCUCCAGACAUGAUACAGCCACAACAGCCAUACACCGGGCAGAUUUUUCAGCCAACUCAGGCGUACACUCCAACGACAUCUCAGCCAUUCUAUGGAAACAACUUUGAGGAUGAGCCACCUUUAUUAGAAGAAUUAGGUAUCAAUUUUGACCACAUCUGGCAAAAAACAUUAACAGUGUUACAUCCAUUAAAAGUAGCAGACGGCAGCAUCAUGAAUGAAACAGAUUUGGCAGGACCAAUGGUUUUUUGCCUUGCUUUUGGAGCCACAUUGUUACUGGCUGGCAAAAUCCAGUUUGGCUAUGUGUAUGGGAUCAGUGCAAUUGGAUGUCUAGGAAUGUUUUGUUUACUAAACUUAAUGAGUAUGACAGGUGUUUCAUUUGGGUGCGUGGCAAGUGUCCUUGGAUAUUGUCUUCUUCCCAUGAUCCUACUUUCCAGCUUUGCAGUGAUAUUUUCCUUGCAAGGAAUGGUAGGAAUCAUUCUCACUGCUGGAAUUAUUGGAUGGUGUAGUUUUUCUGCGUCCAAAAUUUUUAUUUCUGCAUUAGCCAUGGAAGGACAGCAACUUCUAGUAGCAUAUCCUUGUGCUUUGUUAUAUGGAGUCUUUGCCCUAAUUUCCGUUUUUUGAACUGAAUUUAUCUGGCAUGUGGACAUCAUUGGGCCAAAAAGGACUUUGAACUCUUAAAUUGGACCAGCGAACUGCUACAGUGCAACUCUCAUGCAGACCUAACAUUUGACUGUUGGAGCAAUGGAAGUAAACAUGUAUCUUUUGUUCAUUUUUAUAGAACUUUUGAAUACUAUGUUUGAUUUGUCUGCAGUAUGACUAGCUUUAAGUGUUUGUGCUUAUACAAAUAAGAAGUGCUAUUUCUCUCCUGUUCCUGCAGCCUUUGAAAAACAAAUUUUUUCCUUGCAAAUUACAUUAAGAUGUUUUUAAUAGAUUUUUAUCAACUGUGGGAAACUAACCACAGAGGUAAUAAUCUUUCUUAGAAACAGCCCAGUCUUAGUUAAGAAGACAGGAGACUUAUUGCAGAAAUAUUUUUCCAAGGGAUUAGGAAAGAAAAAUUGCCUAUAUUCUCGAGUUAGAUGCACAUGAAGCAAAAAGUGAUCCCAAAGUAGAAUUUACGAGUUUGCACUCCCAAAAUUUGACAUUCCUUUAAAUUAUCUCAUGGAGUUUUUGCUAAAAUUUAACGAGACAAGAAGUUCAUAGUCUGCUUUAUUGUAGACAGGAAAUGUGAACACCUGUUAAGAUUAGCAUUAACUAAACCAUAGUGACCCAGACUGGCCACAUUAAUGUUCAUAGUUGGAUCUGCAUAUUUCCUAGGAAAAAGAAAAUCAUUAACCUUUUUUUGAGAAAAAUAUUUAAAAUGUCACAAUUUUAGUACUGCAGUUAUCAAUGUAAAAUGCAUUUGAUGCUUAGUAAUUAAAAUUUUCCCAAUUUUAA